AUGAAGUGCAACACUAAGACUUCACCAGAGGAACAAUUGAAGCUUGCAAAAGAAGGAAUGAUCAGACAAGUGGAGGCAGCAGAGGCGGUGAAGAAUGAUUACACACACCUUAAAGAAGACUUCUACAUUUCACAAGGAGAUCCACGAGAAACAAUGAUAGUGACAAAUGCUAAGACGCAGACAGAUGGACAAGCUCCACAGAAUGAUCUCCUUGAUGAAAUGGAAGACACAAAGGUGAUGUACGUCACGUAUGACGACGAAAGUGAAAGAGAAGAUCACGGUGUCGGACAAGAGCAGAUGGCAGUUAUCGAUGAAGACCUCUGCAACGAUCGAGAUGACGAACCAAUGGAUGACGAGAGAUACUUCCACAAGUUAUUGGAAGAAGACGAACAGCAGAUGGAAAUGGAGAAAGCACAAGUAAGAAGGGAAGUAGAGAAGAAAGAAGAAGAGUGCAGAGAGCUUGCCGAAGACAUACAAGAGAUGAACCGCAUUUUGCAGCGAUAUCCACAUCGUCACUUGGAGAAGCUCCACAAGGGACGCACGUGCAAAUUGAUUGUGCAUUCU